AAGGAGAGAAACCGAGAGCAAGAGAGAGUGAGUCUGCGGUCUGAGAGGAGAGGCUGUCCCCACUCCAGAUGGCCAUCUCGUCUGCUGAGGGGAUGGAACUGCAGGAUCCAAAGAUGAACGGAGCCCUCCCUGGGAGUGCUGUGGAGCAGGAGCAUGAGGGCUUCCUGCCCAGCCGUAGUCCUUCUCCUGGGAGGAAACCGGCCCAGUUCAUGGAUCAGGUCAAGGGGAAGACAUCGUUUGGAAUGUCAGCGUUCAACCUCAGCAACACCAUCAUGGGCAGCAGCAUCCUGGGGCUGGCCUAUGCCAUGGCCCACACGGGGAUCCUCCUCUUUCUGGCUUUGUUGCUGUGCAUCGCUCUUCUGUCUUCGUACUCCAUCCAUCUCCUGCUGACCUGUGCUGGUGUUGUAGGCAUCUGAGCCUAUGAACAGCUGGGACAGAGGGCACUGGGGCCUGCGGGGAAAGUAGUGGUGGCGGCGGUCAUCUGUCUGCACAAUGUUGAGGCCAUGUCCAGUUACCUGUUCAUCAUCAAAUCUGAACUUCCCCUGGUUAUCGCCACUUUUCUGGACAUGGACCCUGAGGGGGACUGAUUCUUGAAGGGAAACCUCCUUAUCAUCAUUGUCAGUGUUUUAAUCAUCCUGCCACUGGCCCUCAUGAGACACUUGGGCUACCUGGGGUAUAUCAGUGGUCUCUCUCUGACCUGUAUGCUGUUUUUCCUCAUUUUGGUCAUCUAUAAGAAGUUCCAGCUUGGCUGCACUGUAGGUCACAAUGAAACAGCAGUGGACAGCAUGAGCUCCCCAAACCUUCCCACCCAGGGGCUCAACACAAGCUGUGAGGCCCAGAUGUUCACAGCUGACUCACAGAUUGGUAUGUUCUACACAGUGCCCAUUAUGGCUUUUGCCUUUGUCUGCCACCCUGAAGUGCUGCCCAUCUAUACAGAACUCUGCCGGCCCUCCAAGCGCAGAAUGCAGGCUGUGGCCAAUGUGUCCACUGGGGCCAUGUUCUGCAUGUAUGGGCUCACGGCGACCUUUGGAUACCUCACCUUCUACAGCAGCAUGGAGGCGGAGAUGCUACACAUGUACAGCCAGCAUGACCUGCUCAUCCUCUGUGUAUGUCUAGCGGUGCUGCUUGCUGUGACUCUCACGGUGCCAGUCGUGCUGUUCCCUAUCUGCCGGGCUCUGCAGCAGCUACUUUUUCCAAGCAAGGCCUUCAGCUGGCUACGCCAUGUGGCCAUAGCACUGAUCCUGCUUGUCUUGGUCAAUGUCCUCGUCAUUUGUGUGCCAACCAUCCGGGAUAUCUUUGGGGUUAUCGGGUCUACCUCAGCCCCCAGCCUCAUUUUCAUCCUUCCCAGCAUCUUCUACCUCCGCAUUGUGCCCUCUGAGGUGGAGCCCCUCUACUCUUGGCCCAAGAUCCAGGCUCUGUGUUUUGGUGUCUUGGGGGUCCUCUUCAUGGUGAUCAGCCUAGGUUUCAUGUUUGCCAACUGGACCACAGGCCAGAGCCAUGUAUCUGGACACUGACCAAGCCCUGCUUCACCUUGGCCCCAGUGUGCAUCCACCCGUGUACGUGGAGGGAGAUGGACUGCUCUCCCGGUUCCCAUCAAUAUGGCCACAGGCUGAAGAGUGGUCCACUCCCUUCUUCUUCAGGGGAUGCCAAGCUCAGAUCAUGACUCUAACCCCAACCCCAACCCUACAGGAGGAUGAGGAGGAGGCUAGGUCCUUGGGGAACCCCUGCCCAGUCCAGUCUUUUCUGCUUCCUCCUUGUAGAAGCUGUUUGUCAGAAUCACCGUUGAGCUAAAGGGGAAGAAUAAAGAUGCUAAAUUGCAACUCUA